ACUAGGUCGAAUUGCAUUUCUGCGUUGUUUUUUUUUCGGGGGUGUGACGUUUAUUGUUGUUGUUUUCGUACCAUUGUGAAUUAAAACAACUGUUGUGGAACUAAAUAUAAAGUGAAAAGUUACCCGUGAAAGCGUUCUUACAAAUAACUAUAAUUCAAAACAAAGCAGUCGCCGGCAAAACAACAAAAUGCAGGUGGAACCAAUCGCCACUGGCUGUGACGUCACGCGCUGCCAGCCAGAGGAAAACAAAACCAAUUGGAUUUUCUCGAUGGCAGCGGCUGUCAGAAGUAAAAAAGUCGGCAAACAGAACGGACCUAUUUUCACCUCUACGCCGAAGAGCUCCCAUCCAAAUCCAAAACUUCAAAAGUACGUGGGCGUUACUGAACCCGCGGAAAAGGGGCGAGUGGGCGUGGCGACCGCCUUCGAUCCGCUGCUCAAAAAAGUGGCCCUUCUCUUUGGAGCUCUAAUCAUUGGAUACAAAAGCGUCAUUUUAACCAUGCCAUACAUCAGCGGCGACUCCAUCCAGGUGAUGAGCCACCAGGUGCAGAGUCGGUGGAACGAGACCUUGGUGUGGGCCACCAGGCACCAGCUGGGCUCCCGGCUGAGUCCCCUGCUGUGUGGCCUCCUUGUGGCCGCCUUCGCGUACGGAAUUGUGUACUUGGACAGCGCAGUGCCCGGCGUAAAUCCGCCCUCGCCCUUCUCGCCGCGUUCCAAGAAGCGUUUCCGCGAUGAGAAGACCGCCUCGCUGCACUUGGGCUACUUGUGCGCCCUGUUCUGCGGAUUUCUGGUCACGGCCUUCAUGUACUUUGAUCUGUACUCGUAGAACUGAAUAGCCACUUCCUUCCACUUAGUCAAAUAAGUCCACCAGUAUUAGAAUUUAAUCGUCUACUUUGGAAUUUGUAUUUAUUGUAGUCCCUGUAACAGUGCAAUGCUCCCGGGAAGAAUCACCUAGGGAGGCAUUUUGAAGCUAACUUAGUUCCUAGGUAUAUCGUUCAUAAGUUACUUACAAACUCUAUAAAUUAUUCAUGAUUUCUGAACUACAAAAGUACAAAAUGAAACAUUUCACUGGUGAUUUUGGGCCAGGACAGAGAAGCUUAAACUAGCAUAUUUCUAUUUUGUGGAAAAAGUUGAAUCGCCUGGCCCACAAAUCACGGAAACUCUAUAUAUAUGGAAAUACCUUACUAAAAUAUAAUUACUUAUGCACAUUGUUUUGCAUCAGAA